GUAACAUUUACGAGAAUUCUAAAAAUAAGAAAUAAGAAAAAAAAAAAUAUUGCUUAGCAAUUUCAGCACGCUAAUGCUAAAUGGCUCAGCAGGAGCAGCAGCAACAGCAGCUGGCCAUACUGAAUGCAGCGGCAAACAAGGAGAAUGAGAACUACGUCGUGCCGCUGCUAAUGGAGCUGAGCAAUGUGAACAUACCGCACUAUAUAAUUCCACUGAACAGUGUGUUUAUGUCCAUGGCAUUCACUCGAUACGGAUGCGAGCCAGUGCGCACAACAAUCACCGUGCAUGGACUAAUUGGCAAGGGCACAUUUGGGCGCGUUUAUCGCGCACGUCUGGACAACUCGGAGCGUUGGGUGGCGCUCAAGCAGGUGUUUCUCGAUUCAUACUAUAUGGAGCGUGAGGUGGAGAUAAUGAAUCACAUGCCCAGUCACUGCAAUAUAAUGCAACUCAUAUUGUUCUGUUACGCCAAGCUGGGCAAUCCGGCGCAUACUUACAUGUUGAUGGCCAUGGACUUUAUGCCCAUGUCGCUGCUGGACUUUAUAUUCGAGCAUCGUCUGCGCGGCGUGCCGCUAAUCUAUGUGCGUAUACUUUCCUAUCAAAUGUUUCGUGCGCUGGCGUAUUUGCAUUCGCAUUUCAUUUGCCAUCGCGAUGUCAAGCCGGAGAAUCUGCUGCUCAAUCCGCAGACAAUGAAUCUGAGGCUCAGCGACUUUGGCAGCGCCAAGUUUAUCAAUCCGCAGGAGCCGAAUGAAACCUAUGUCUGCUCACGUUUGUAUCGCGCUCCAGAGCUGUUUGCCAAGUGUGCUAUCUAUGGCACUAGGGUGGACAUUUGGAGCGCUGGCUGUGUGCUGGCCGAGCUGCUCAAGGGCACGCCGCUGUUCAGCAGCAAUCGUUUGGGCGACUCGCAGCUAACCUACAUUGUCUAUUUGCUGGGCACUGCGGGCUUGGAGCGUGUGCCUCAGAUAAGCGCAGCCAGCGGCAUAGGCGCGAAUAUCUACUUGCCACGCACUAGCUGGCGCACAUUGCUGGGUGUUUGGGCGCCUGCGGAUCUGCUGCAGCUGCUCGACGACUGUUUGGUGUACGACCCGGCCGCACGCAUUUCCCCUUUGGCUGCCUGCGCCCACAGCAGCUACGACGAGCUGCGCACCAUGGAGGCGCUGCAGACGAGCAUGCCAAGUGGCGCAAUGUUGCCGCCGCUGUUUAAUUUUAGCGCACACGAACUGGAGGUGGAUCCUGGUCUAUGGCUGCAUCUACUGCCGCUGCAAAUAUUACCUGAAACGACAAAUAGCGCAUAGCAUUAAUGUUAAAUUAGAUUUUAGAGAUUUAUUACUUCUAAGUGUCCUUGGGCUCUAAACGCUUCACACUAUACUAAGUCUAAGUCUUAGUUAAGUUUAAGUUUUGUGCAGCUGCUGCUUGUUUAUAGCUGUUAAAGUAUACACCCCAAGGUGAGGCUUUAUUUUAUGACGGGAAUUCCCUCACAGAAAAGCUUACAAUUAUUCUA